AGGACUGGCAACAUUUUUAUUUAUUUCAGAAAAAAGCGCGUCGUCGGUCGUGAUGACUGUUUUUUGCUACUUGCUUCAGUUCAAUUCGAGAUUUUCGGCUUCCAUUUCAUUAUUAAGGAAGCAUAAAUAACCCGGUGAUUUUACGUAAAAGUAUAUUUUAAAUUUGCUAUUUCAUAUAGCCUAAGUUAGUAAGCAACAUGGUUCAGGCUACAGAUGAAAUGGAACAACCGGAUCUGCCCCAAGCUGUAAAACUACUAAAGGAGAUGAAUAUGAAUGUACAACAGGUCUCACAGCUGGUCGACGGUAUGCUUGUGCGUGUAAAAAGCGGGGAAAUAUCAACUGAUAAAGGUCUUAGUUUCCUUGAAAUGAAAUAUCAAAUGCUUCUUAGCUAUCUAAUAAAUUUAACAUAUAUUGUACUAAGGAAAUGUUCGGGAGAAAAAAUUGAAUCGGAUCCAUCUAUUGAUAGACUUAUUGAAAUAAGAACAGUGCUCGAAAAAAUUCGUCCUAUAGAUUCAAAACUUAAAUAUCAAAUUGACAAACUUGUGAAAACAGCAGUUGUAGGUGCAACAUCAGAGGAUGACCCACAGACAUAUCAUGCAAAUCCUGCAAACUUGAUGAGCAAACUAGAUAAUUCUGAGGCAGAAACGAGUGAAGAGUCAGAUGAGGGAGACAACAAGAAAGAAACAUCAAAGUCAAACAUUUAUAUUCCUCCAAAAUUAGCAGCAGUACACUUUGAUGAAACAACAUCAAAAGUGGAUAGUGAUAAGAAAAAUAAAGAAAAGUCUAGGAGGCAGUUCCUUAACUCUAGUGUAAUGCGAGAACUCCGAGAUGAAUACUCAGAGGCUCCAUUAGAGGUAACCACAGGAAACUAUGUCAAACAAUCAAUAUCUAAGUUUGAACAGGAGAAGACUGAGUAUGAAGAAAAUUAUCUGACCCGCUUGCCUGUAACUAAAGGAGAGAAGAACAGAAGAAAGCAAUUGACCACAGUAGGAGUAUUGGCAGACGAGAUCACAGGCAGUAGUGGACGGUUAGCACGUAAACACAAAAUGAAAUCAAAGAAGGGUAAAAGUUUUAAAAGAAGGCGUACUCAUUAAAUUUCACAACUUUUGUAGAUUGUUGAUACAUUCAAUAAGAGACUUGUGUGGCAUUUUAACAAUCUUUGACUGAGUUUCCUUAAAUGUUGAUAUUGUUAUUUUUAUAUUGGACUUUUUCUGUUUUCAUAAGUGACCUUUUAAAUUUGUUUUAAAUGUACAGAUUUUUUUCUUUCAGAUUGAAAUGAAAUCCUUAUUGGUAUCAGUUUUAUCAGAAAAUUUAUUGUACAUCAAUGUAAAAUAGUAUAAAAGUCACACAGUACUUUAGGUCACAGGGUGAAUAGUCUGAAAUAAUUCUGUUUCAAAUGAUUCAUAAAUUUUAAAAUGUCAUAGUUAUAUUAAAAAUUUCAAACCUUGUUUUAGCACAAGUAUAUUAAGUAUACACAUGGCAAAAUGAAUUUAAAAUAAUGGUUGUGCUAAACCUACAUGUAAAUAAAUGAAAUGAUUAAUUUAGUCUGCAGCAUGCGUCCAGUCAGGUGCUAAAUUAAUCAGAUAAUCAGAUCAAUGUGUUUAAUAACUAUGCUGCUAGUAGUAGCAGCAUAGAAUUCCACUAAAAUCUGUUGCUGUACCUAUAUGUUAAGUUUAUAAAUUUGUUGCAAAUGUAAAUGUUUUAUACAAUACUCAUUACAGUGGCAUUUGUGUUAUUCUUUCAUAACAAUUGUAUGACACUAUGUAAUGUUACAUUCUUACAAAUAUUUCCCAGCUGUCAAUAAUAAAAUUUUAAUAUGAGACAAUUUAUAAUAUGCUGUUGAGGAAAA